CCAUUUUCUCCCGUGUUUGGCUUCAGUGCACUUGGCUUAAACAAAGAUCCCCAUUAGUGUCAGAGAUGCUGUUUGAUGCCCCUUAACUAAGUGGGAUAGUUAAACAGAAGGAAAAGCUCAGUGUAUUCCCCGUCUCUCCAGUUACUGGUGCUUGCAUGGCUGUAUUAUGAUUUUUUUUAAAUAGUUGGUAGUUCUUGGAAUGGUAAACCUUUAAUCGUAGGUUUUAUAAGUGAUCAUUUGCUUCUGUGUGACCAGUUUUCCUGGACAGCAGCGAGUCCAGUUAUACAGGCAGCUCCCUCAGGAACUUGUCUUGAUUGGUUAGGGGCUGACAGGGUGGGAGAGGCGCUCCGUCUGCUCCCAGCUGAGCUGAGUCUAUAGGGAGUACAGCCUUCACAGCCUUUUCCUCAUGGAAAGAUGAGGUCUUCAUCACCGGUAACCCUCCUGCUCUGCGACCAGCCACUUUCAGAUGCCCUUCAAACACUCCUUCCAUGGAUUUUUGGAUCCAGAAGACAUUUUUAAUACUUAAAGCUGGAAACCCGGUUGAGUGAGCACCACGCCAUGGUUUUCGAUGAUCACCCUCCAACCAAAACCCCUACCAGUUCUUAAAAGGAUUUUAAGCAAACGAACAAGCGAGUUCAACUAAACCUUGACCUUCCACUGUGCCAGGAGGAAGUUGGAAUGAGCAAGGGGCCCUGAGGAGUCGGCGGAGGAUCAGUGAAGAGAGCAGGAAUGAGCUGCUUUAUAUGUGAACUUCCAGCACCAUGCCAAACCUGCUGGCAGCCCAGCACAAGAGGAUCAAACUCCUGCUUUCUCUACUUCUACUGGUCAUCAGCGAGCAGAAAGCGACAGCCUCGUUGCUCGAAAGCCUCAUUUCGAAACGCAUGGAGUACUGGGAAAACUGCAACAGCACCCUGACGUCUACUCCUUUUCCAGCAAGUGGCAACUACUGUAAAGGAAGUUUUGAUAUGUUUGUGUGCUGGCCCCAUUCAUCUCCGGGGAAUGUGUCUGUCCCCUGUCCUCCCUUCUUACCGUGGAUCACAGAGGACGGCAACAGAAGGGCAUAUCGGGAAUGCUUGGAGAACGGCAGCUGGAGAAAGAUGAAGAACUCCUCAGAUCCCUGGCGACAUGAUUCUGAAUGUAAGGAGGACCAAUACUUUAAAGACAAGGAGGAUGAAUUGCUGCGUCAUUCCGCCCUCCGGCUCAUCUCUGUUAUUGGCUAUUCCCUGUCGCUGUUCUCCCUCACUCUGGCCACUCUCCUCAUAGGCAUGCUGAGGAAGCUGCACUGCACCAGAAACUACAUCCACAUGAACCUGUUUGUGUCAUUCAUCCUGCGGGCGGCAGCCGUCAUUUCGAAGGAAAUCAUCUUCCAUCUCAUGUACUCCAACCUGCCCAAGAACGACCCGGGGUGGAACUCCUACUCCAGCUCUGCGAUGGUGCUACUGUGCAAGUUCUCCAAAGUGUGCAUGGAGUACUUUGUGGCGUGUAAUUACUUCUGGCUCUUGGUGGAGGCCAUUUUCCUUCACACGCUGCUCUUCACUGCGGUGCUGACCAAGAGGUGCCUGUUGAAGAAAUACAUUCUGCUAGGAUGGGGGACUCCCGUUCUGUUCGUGACGCCGUGGACCGUGGUUAAGAUUCUGUAUGAGAACACGGGGUGCUGGUCAAUCAUGAACAGAUGGUUCUGGUGGAUAAUAAGAGGCCCGAUUACUCUAUCAGUGCUGGUCAUUUUCUUCAUAUUCAUCAAAAUUCUGAUGCUGCUGUUGUCGAAGCUGAAAGCCGAUCAGGUGAAAUUCACCGACUACAGAUACAGUUUGGCCAGGGCAACGUUGGUGCUGAUUCCCCUGCUGGGAAUCCAUGAAGUGGUCUUCACAGUGCUAAUAGAUGAAUGUAUGGAGGGCAGCAGCCGCUAUGCCCGGAACUUCAUUAACCUCACCCUCAGUUCCUUCCAGGGAUUCUUGGUUGCUGUGCUGUACUGUUUUGCUAAUGGAGAGGUCCAAACUGAGCUGAAAAAGCGCUGGCAACUGUUUUUGUUCACAAACCAUUUCAAGGUCCGGACCUGUUUUCGAGGAGCAAAUCUCAAGCACCUUUGGAAGUGUACUCGGCGGCAGCACAGGAAGCGCUCUCGGCAAUUUGACUCCUAUGGCGAAGGCCCCACUUCGACAGCUCGCCCACACCUCCUCCAGGUGGCUGUGCAAGCGGGAAGUAGGCCCCUUGGACGCGGGCCACUUAAAGGCCAGGGACUUGAGGGCUACGACUCAGCAGGGCUCGACAUUCUUACCAGGAAGAGUCUUUCCAGUAGCGAUGGUGAGAUGACGCUGGGAGAGACGAUGGAGGAGAUUUUGGAAGAGAGUCAGUUCUGAACUCAGUUGGUAAAAUCCAACCAAAUUGGGGUGCAGACAAUGAAUGUAUUCUCCAAGUAGAAUGAGCCAACUUCAGGGGAUGGGAAAAUGGUUUUAGAAAUGCAGCGUGUUCUACCGAGACUUGUAUUACCUGUACAAAAAAAAAGAAAUUCCGGUUUAUGUGGCAAGGAUUUAUUUGCCUAUAUCUCUCUGGGGGUUGUGAUAAAGACUCCAACCCUAGGUUUAAUCCUGUGCACAAAAUGGUUCGGUGAUGCAGCCAAAAAGACUUUUACUCACGAGCCACUCGAGCCAACCACCUACUCUGACACUUACCUUAAAGAAGCUGGAAUUGCCAAACCAGCAACAGACAUCUGUGUCACUGGUUACGAUGGAACGCUGCUCCAAACCCCAACUUCCAUCGCAUUUUUACCGCAAACUCGGCUCUCCGACUACCUCCAUUAUCGGCUUUGAGGAGCAACAGCAGCAGGUCUCCAAUGCUGCCAUGGUCUUUUCCAAGGUCACACAGAGACAGUAUAAAAAGCAUCUCGGACUUGGCUCGU